AUGAACCCAUCUGCUCCUGUUUACCACAGCUUUCUGAGUUUUCUUGUUUCAUCCAGUAAAAUUUUCCUCACACUCGUGCGAGUCCAUGCUGCUUUACCUUUACCACCUGAGCUUUACUGGAACUCCGUCCUACCAAACACACCAAUGCCGAAAACUCUCAGUGAACUAAUCCAGCCUGAAUCGGGCGGAACAGCCACAAACUUUGCUGGUUACAACCCACAAUCUUUUAUGGCUGCGCGUCUUCUAUUUUUCCUUUACAACAGGAGCGCUUCCCGUGACGAUAUAAACCGCCUAAAAGAUCCAACGCAAGUAGUUUUCUUCUUGGAGGAGGCCGUGCGUCCUGGAAUAACAAUGAAAUAUAGCUUCUCAAGAAAUACAAGUACUCCAGCAAUGUUCUUACCCCGCGAAAUUGCAGAAUCGGUCCCCUUCUCAUCUAGCAAACUGCCAGAAAUUCUUAACCGAUUUUCACUGAAGCCUGGGUCAGUGCAGGCUGAUAUAAUGAAGCAGACCCUUCAGACAUGUGAAAGUACAGCUAUUCCAGGAGAACAAAGAUAUUGCGCCACCUCUUUGGAGUCAUUGGUUGAUUACGCUACUGCCAAGCUCGGAAGAAAUAUUCAACCAAUCUCCACAGAGUUGGAAGCAGGAGCUGCCAUCCAGAAUUACACAAUAACCCCUGGAGUGAAGCUGAUCACUUCAGCAGACAAGGACAGACUCAUUGUCUGUCAUAAGAUGGACAACGGCUACGCCGUCUUCUACUGCCAUGGGUUUAAAAGAACUAGAGCUUAUUCCGUGCCUCUGCAAGGAUCUGACGGGACGAAAGUAAAAGCAGUAGCAAUCUGCCAUCUCGAUACGUCUGCCUGGAACCCGAAGACUUAUGCCUUGCUAGAGGUCAAAGUUGCACCCGGAACUGAUUCCGUCUGCCAUUUUCUUCCCGAGGGCCAUAUUGCAUGGGUUCCUAAAUAGAAACCAUGUAAAUUGACCUCAUCACCUGGAAAAUUGCUUCUUUCCAGUGUACCAGUUUGAAAUUAGAAUCCUUUGUGGUUCUAUACUUAGUUCACUGUAAAAGAUCUACUUAAUAAUAAAG